AUGAAAUCCUCUUGUCGUUGUUUUGUACUGCUGCCCUCCGUCUGCGUCAAAAGUAGCGCCCCUUUGUGGCUUCUACCAGGAACUAGUCCGCUGAUGAUGAGCUCGUCCACAGCUGUGCGGCGUCACUGUCGCGGCGAUCGUGUACUCCACUGCAGCGAUCCACUGCGAGUAACACGAGGGGAGCAGGCCACCCGAGACCGCUCAAAGCAAAAAGAGAGGUUCGGCUCGACGGACCAAUGUUUAAUACCGACGUUUGGUAUUAAUUUUGACUGGUGUGCACAC